AAGCUCAGUCAGUUGGUAGCGUUGGUCGACAACAGACUCGCUGUGUAGUCGUCCUUUUAUUUAUUAUUAAAUUGUUUCAGUUGGCGUUCCUUUUUCCCCCCAAUCCGUGUUCUUAUUCUAUUUACCACACUCGAAACAAUCUGUUAAGUGUCUGUUACUUCGUGUAGUGUUGCUUGUUGCUUUCCGGCUGGAUAAUUUGGUCUUCCAGCACUAGACGAACGACGAGUCAUUGGCGCCAUCGCAACCUGUCUUGCAUCAAUUGGCAUUCUGCAGUGGGGAAGUAGUAAAAGUACAGGAUAGGGCAUCAGCUAUCAUUACAGCUGGAUGACCGAAGAAGUGAUCCGGUUUAAGAAAACAGAAGGCGGAAGUGAAGAGGCAAUACACAUGCUAUACCUGCCUUGCCUAUACACGCCUCACAGACAAGCCAACCAAAACAAUUAAACUAGCCAGAGAAAAAUCUUUCCGAGGUGAACGUCCCAUCGCGCUGAGAUCUAACGGUUGUCGACGAUUUUUUUUCCUCCAGCCGUCCUCGGUGGGAAAUCUUUCACCAUAUCGGAUUCUCGUCAAAUCCUCUAGACUUGUGCAACUUGUUCUGCGAGAAGAUUGAAAAAAGAAACGGAGUCAAUUUGUUGGCCUCUCACUCAACGCAUUGGCCGAAUCGAGAAAGAACAACAAAUCACAAAAGAGAUUUACCUAUUGGCUCAUUACCUAAUAGUGUCAACUCUAAGAAGGGAAUGCGGCCAACUUAGUGUACAAAAGAGUCUGCACCAAGAUGAUUACGUUCUUCUGGCUGUGGCUCCUUCUGGCUGCUUCACCUCUCCUUGCAAAAUCUAUUACGACUACGGUAACCCAGUACCAAGAAGGAGAAGAUGUGCCGGAGGUGGGCCGCAAGCUGUUGGCUACGAGUCGAUCGUCGCCGUCGUCACUACCCGAACGGUUUUUGCAGAUUGCUCACAAGAACUGCCAAGGUCCCGAAGGCCAACCUGGCACCUGCAUGUUCAAUUUCGAAUGUCAACAGCAGCGAGGUCAAGUCGUUGGAGCUUGCCUGGAUGGAUUCCUAUUUGGGGCUUGCUGUCACUUGUCAACAGACCAAUCGAUGAAUGCCGCCCUGGUUUCCACACUUCAGGCCGUUGGUGUUAGCAGUCAGGUCGAUUCUGCUGACAACUCUACAACAAAUGUGGACUUGAAAGGAGCUGCAAUCAACGGUUCAGUUGACUUGCUCGCAUACGGGAGUUUGCGUGUUCCAACAGCGUUCGAGGAAAAUCUCCCUGACCGACAUGAAGCGGCACCCGAGCUCCCACUGGAGCUCAUGUUCAAAAACGGGUCGAGUGAGGUCAACAAGCUGGCGACGCUUCAUCAGUUGGAAAAAGACGACGCCUCCGAAUCGACGAAUACCAGCUCAGGACCUCAACAGGACAAUAAGGGGACAGGAUCUUUGAGCGAUGGAGUCAGCCUAACCCUAACGGCACUUUCCGAUAACCAGAUCUCGUCGGGAGAGACGAUUCCAACUACAGCCGGAUCCGUUGUAGUAGAAAAGGGGGAUCCAGAUCUACACGCUCAGUUGACUGCUUUGCUCCAAGCUCAUACGGAAUCGUCAAAACUGCCGCAGCAAGAACUGCAAUCCACAGCUACGAUUAGUAGCGUUACCAGUCGAGUUCCCGUGCGCAUUAAAGGUCAAUCAAACAAGAGGCCAAGGCCAAAACCCACGACAGCGUCCAUCAAGAAUAUAGAAGUAACGUCAACUUCACCGCCCAAUGUGGAAAGCGUCAUCACCAACAUAACAAACGCUAUCGAUGAGACUAAUGUUGUUGUCACAGAAUCUCUGGCCGACCAGCAGGCCAAUCUCCUUCAGUUUCUCGUCAGCAAUCCGCCCGCUUGGGUAUUGGACGAGAUCAUCAACGGUUCUACUUUAACAACUUGGUAUCCACUCCCUAUUGCAGAAAACGGGCAAGUAAAUCUGGAUGAGCAACUAGCCGAGAUGGUCACUCCGUCUUCUUCCGUUACCACAUCCGCCGUAACGAGGCCCUUGAAAAGAAAGCCGGUAAAACUCCGACCACAGUCGUCUAUCAAAAUCGCUUCGACAACCGUAUCGACCGUAAACCAAAUGGACGAUCAGAGUGACAUUAGUGAAACGACCACUACGGCUCCAGCUACGACGGAUAGUACUAUGACGACACCUGUGAUAACUAGAAAACCGAGACCGGUUUUCGACUACACCAAAGACUGCGGUGUGCGACCGAUGGCGCCAGAAGCUCGAAUUGUAGGCGGUCGACGGGCAGAUUACGGCCGUUGGCCUUGGCAAGUGUUGAUUCGCGAGUCAACCUGGUUUGGAAUCUUCUCCAAAAACAAAUGCGGUGGCGUUUUGAUAUCUGAUCGUCACGUUCUCACUGCCGCUCAUUGCCAACCUGGGUUUCUAGGUUCACUCCUGGUGGUGCUGGGGGAGUUCGACUUGACCGGGCACUCGGAACCCAACACGCCCAUGGAAAAGAACGUCAAACGAGUCGUUGUCCACCGUGACUACGUUGAACGGACAUUUGAGAACGACUUGGCCAUAUUAGAACUCGAAUCGCCCGUUGAGUUCAAGCCCUACAUCGUUCCUAUUUGUCUGCCUUUGACGUCGGAAGGGGACUUUGUCGGAAAGAAGGCCGAGGUGACUGGCUGGGGCAAAUUGAGUCACAACGGUCCAACUCCCGGCGUUCUCUACGAGGUUGACGUGCCGAUCAUGAGUAAUCCAGAAUGCCACGACAUGUUCAAGAAGGCUGGUCACGAAAAACGGAUCUUAGAUAGUUUCCUCUGUGCUGGUUACAGCGAAGGAAAGAAGGACUCGUGUGAGGGUGACAGUGGAGGACCUUUGAUGUUGGAGCGCGAUGAUGGACGAUGGUCGUUGGUCGGGACAGUUUCUCACGGCAUUCGUUGCGCCUAUCCCAAUAUGCCCGGAGUAUACAUGCGGAUGACUUACUACCGACCCUGGAUCGAGCGUGUGACGGGCAUCGGUGGUGCACAGUUGGGGUGAUGAAUUUGCCGUUCCUUAUCCUAACCCACUAGGAUCAACUGUGAUUGCUUCAUUCAAUCUGGCUGGGGAUUCCCAUCUGCAAUGUCUAUAAAACUAAAUCCCGUCAUUUCCAUUCAUUAGUUCAGAAAGAAGAACAACUGAUAGGACAGGUCCCUAUAUUUUGUACAUAAAGACAUGAUUGACAUCUUCCCGGGAAUUUGUACUAUGUACAGUCUCCUCCGGUCCCAUCCAUUCUAGUUGCACUUUUCUUAUAGCACAUAAAAAAAAAUAAAAUAAAAAAGAAGAAUAAACUGUGUACGAUUUUAGCCUAGAA